GAACACAUUUUUAUCGAUGGCAAUUUGAAUGCACAUAAAUACCGUGACGAGAUUCUGAGGCCCAUAAUGAGGCCAAUAUUGUUUUACGUAUCUGUGACCAACAGAUGCAUAUCUGUGUUCCCAGUCAUGUGAAAUCCAUAGAUUAGGGCAUAAUUCAUGUAUUUAAAUCGACUGAUUUCCUUAUAUGAACUGUAACUCAGUAAAAUCUUUGAAAUUGUUGCACAUUGCAUUUAUAUUUUUGUUCAGUAUAAUUGAAGUGUCCCAGAUUUUGUUUGCUAAGUUACAUCUACCCCCCAGUCCAGGUUGGUUAUCUACUUUGAAGAGCUAGUCAAAUUAUUUUGUCAGACAGCUCUGCAACAUACUUAGGCAGGCUUGCCUAGCUGAAUAGGAUGACUAAAGACAGUACAGUACAGGGUGCACAGAGAUAACUUUGUCUGGCUAGCUGCUACUGCCUGAGCAGAGAUGAGAUGAUGACUUUAAGGAAUUAAAAAUAAUAAAGCCAUCAAAUAAAACGAAGUAACAUACACAACUGAAAUAUUGUAUUAUUUCAUAGUAAUUUCCUAUUUUUCUAUUGAUGUCAACUCAAUGUGGACCUGACAGAAAUAAUUGAAUGUGAAUGUUCACUGUUGUUGGCUUUAGAAUUUCAAUUAAAAAGCUCUAAAAUCAUUUGAAUGCGAUUAUUUCAUAAUGCAUUUAAUUUUGAAAAAUGUUUUGUAAACAAAAUAAAAAAAACAUAAUUCUUUUUUUAUAAUCGAACCCAAAACCGAAUCGAGCUCAAAAAACACUUAUCGCUCAGCACUAGUUCCAUGUAGAACUCUCUGUGGAAAUGGUUCUACAUGGAACCUCAAAAGUUUCUAUCAGGAACCAAAAGUGUUCUACUUGGAACCAAAAAAGGUGUACGAAUUCUGUGGAGGCAGCGUGAUACAAGGACUAUACAUUUCCUGUCUCCUAUCAGCCGGAUUUACUCCGAAAAGGGCAUCAAUGACCAUUGGACCAUAUACUUCUCCACAAUAUUGCAGGCACUAAAGGUGGACUUUUAACAAGUGCAGUGACAAUGCAGGAGCAUCUCCCAGUCCAGCACAUGGGCACCAGGAGCACAAAGUUCUCCUAGUAGUGAGGUUUGUCCUGGGCCUCAUCCGGACGACCAUGACUGAUCUCCUGGCCAACCUGAGUGUUCCAUGGGGCACACAGGUGAUUGUGAGCCCCAACCUGACAGCAGCAGCCCUGGUUGUGCCGGGGUCAGGCAAGUCUCUGGCCCCCUUCUGCACCUUCUGCUGCUGUGGCCUGCUGAACCGUACUCUGGCCGUGGUGUUUAUGGUCAGUCUGGCCUUCGCCAUAGUGGUGGGCAACGUGGUCACGCUCACCGUCUUCAUGCAGACAAGACAGGUCCGCACACCACAGGGAUACCUCAAAGUCUCUCUGGCCAUAGCGGACAUGAUGGUUGGAGUGCUGGUGGUUCCUUUCUCUGUCUACACUGAGAUCUCUCUAAUGGUGACCAGUUCCCCUCCUGUCUGGUACCAGGGGGGCACUGACCCCUCCAUGGGGGGCCUGGUGGGACCCUGGCAACCCUGCAUGCUGAUUGGUCCAGUCUUCGCUGGCUGUACGUUUGUCUCCAUCAGUACUAUAUUCCUGAUGACGGUAGAGCGCUGUGUGGCCAUCUUAUGGCCCCUACAUAAGGACCACCUGGUGACACGGAGACGCACCCUGUUUCUCAUCCUCUUCUCCUGGGCAGGCAGUUUCCUCCUGGCCCUGGCCCCCCUCAUCCUCAGCAACAACUUCACACUGGAGUACAGUGAGUGCAGCCGGAUGUGUAACUACGUCCCCCUGUGGGACGGAGUCACUCUGCCCUCUGACGCCAACAUCCUCCUGCUGUUCCCCGUGUUUGACUUUACGCUGCUGGGCGGCACCCUGGUAUUCAACAUCCUGUCCUUCACCAGCAUCCGCCGCUACACACGCAAACGUAAGCUCAUGUCAGAGGGGAAUGUGGGGGUCGAGGGAGGGGGAGGCGGCUGCCAACAUAGACCCUCCUUCUCUGACAUCAAGGCUGCCAAGACGAUCAGCAUUCUGACGUUUGCCUUCACGGCUUCCUUCACCCCCAUCGCUGUGUUUGUGCUGGGCAACGUGGUGGGCUUCACCUGGUGCAACUUCUCCUUUGUAGCCUUCUGGAUCCUGACUGGGAACAGCUGCUGUAAUGUGAUAAUAUACAGCGUGAGAGACCAGCGCUUCAGGAAAGGAGUGACUCUGCUUUUUCAGAGGGAGCACUCACCUUCCCAGGGGGAGAAAGGCGGAGCUACCCCCCCCAUUCACCUUGUGACUACACCCCCAACCCCACCUCCUUAAACUAUUUUGAAAAGACAACCAGUGCCCCUUUCUUUAACUUUACUAUGGAGAGAGGGAUUUAAUCGGCAUUUAACUUCAGGUAAAAAAAAACAUACAAAAAAGAUGCAAUUCUGGAAGAGGAAUUGUUUCCAUUUUUUUCACUGUGUCUAAAUAAUGAACAUAACUGUAGCUACCUUAUGGUAUCUAGUAGUCGCCAGCUAUUCCCAGCAUCAUUUAAAUCAUAUGACUCAAGCUGUCUCAUUGGACUAGGUGAGAUAUCUGUGGGGGAUAUCUUAAUAACAUGCACUUUAUCAUAGAGUUGUAAGUAAUGUAUGGUUUUCAUUUGUUUUCUGACAUGUUUUGUGACUGUCCAGAAACAUGUUAAUUUUGCACAAUUUUCUCUAUAAUAGCUUUUAUUUUUGCGAUAAUACCAUUAUAUUCAUGAGGAGGGCAUAAUCAAAUGUGAGUGAAUGAAUUGUAAGAAUGUUUUGAAUCUAAAUGACGAGAGAUGUUGAUGUUUUGUACAGUUAUGGGCAAUUCAACGGGUCCGUGAUCUGUACUACACAGAAAUGCAUAAUUAUGGAUAUGAAUGUCAUUCUCUUCAAGGUUAUGUAUCCUAAAUAGGUACAGAAAGGUUAUAUCAAUAUCUUCUUUUGCAUAUUUGGGUAUUAUUCUACACACUGGAUAUUAUUUUAAUGAGCUCUGCCUCCAAACAAGACCAAAUGAAAUCUGAACCAAUCAUAGAUGUCUUUGUUUCACAAGUUUAGACAUCAAAGUACAGCAGAGCACAGUAGAGUACAAUACAGCACAGUAGAGUACAAUACAGCACAGUAUAAUACAGCACAGUAGAGUACAAUACAGCACAGUAGAGUACAGCACAGUAGAGUACAAUACAGCACAGUAGAGUACAAUACAGCAUAGUAGAGUACAAAUCAGUACAGUAGAGUUCUGUACAGUACAGUACAUUCUAGUGUACUCACUGAAGUAUGCUCUACUGUACUAAACUGUACUCUACUGUACAGUACUGAACUAUACUCUUCUGUGCUGUCCAAACUGUGAUUUGUGACUACUAUUUCAAGGCACAAGGCCCAAUGUUUCUUAAACUUACAGAAGGCAGAAACAUUUCUCCAAAACGAAAUAUGUGUUGAUAUUAGUUGGCAGGGGUCUUUACAUCAACAUUAUUGUGUUUUGAUGUAUUCUGAUACCUUUUUAAGUCUUUUUCUGGUAGAUGUUUUCUAAGCCCCCUUUUCCAGAAAAUCAAAGCACUUGCUUAUUCCUAAUUUCUAGGAUGGUAAAAUGGAUAAACAAUAUAUAUAUAUAUAUAUAUAUAUAUAUAGACUCUUAGCUUUCAUUUGACACCCAAUUUGACUUUCUCCUAUGACCUUCACAUGUUGGUGUUCAUGGGUCCUUUCACAUAAAAUGUACCUUAUUCAUCUCAUGGAUGCCAGUGUAUACACGGAAACAUUUAUAUGAAUGGUACAACAAUGAAUACGGAACAUAAAUGAAACAUUUAUAAAUUCAGUGAAAUAGACAAAACGAUUCAGAUGCCUUAUCUUGUGUUUUGAGUGUGAAUGCUUAGCGGCUGUAAAGUCACACCGUUAAAGGGGCUACAUUUAUUUCUGAAUAUUCUCAUACCAUUAUAUGUUGAGUAUAACAUUACUAUUACUCAAGAUAUUCACAGCACUUAUACAAUGUUGAUCAAAUAAAUGCAAAUCAAUUUAUUUAAAUUCAAAUAAUAUCUAACUCAAAAUGACAUGACUUAAAGUAAACAUGCUGAUAAACAUUUUGUAGCAUUUUCAAAGAAAUCAGGAUAAUUUCCAUAUGAUCUGUACUAAAAAGCUGUUUUGGUACAUUUGUACAAAAAAAAAAAAAAAGUAUGAAAUGUAUGCAUUCACUACUGUAAGCCGCUCUGGAUAAGAGCGUCUGCUAAAUGACAAAAAUGCAAAUGUAAAUUUGGUCACAGUGGCAAUGAUAAUAUUUCAUGAAAAUAAAAUAUCUGUUUUGAAAUAUUUUACAAGCUUAGAGCCUGUACGGAGAGGCAAAGGUCGAGAGCCGUGCGUCCUCUAAAACACAACCCAACCAAGCCGCACUGCUUCUUGACACAAUGCCCACUUAACCCAGAAGCCAGCCACACCAAGGUGUCGGAGGAAACACUGUGCACCUGACAACCGCGUCAACGUGCCCGGCCCGCCACAGGAGUUGCUAGUGCGCGAUGGGACAAGGAUAUCCAUGCUGGCCAAACCCUCCCCUAACACGGACAGCGCUGGACCAAUUGUGCACCGCCUCAUGGAUCUCCCGGUCACGGCCAACUGCGACAGAGCCUGGACUCAAACCCAGAAUCUCUAGUGGCACAGCUAGCACUGCGCCACUCAGGAGCCCCCUGUGUCAAUAUUUAAACACUGUACAGAACUUUAUCAGUAUUGUAUUAUUCAUCAGAUGAUGACGUCAGAUUUAGUCAUAAAUGCAUUUGGAAACACUUCAUUUUGGGAGUUUCUAAAUGGUGUUCACUCAUGAGAGUAAUGUGUUCAGACAGUACUAAAUAUCUUUCAGGCAUCUGCUCUAAAAUUCACCGCCUCAGCAGUUACACAAGCUACACUAGAAACAAUCAUUUUCAUCUUUUUGCCCCAUCAGGAUCCAACUUCCUUCCAUUUGAGAAACGUUAGUGGAGAAGGGAACACCCUGCUAGCUGUAGUCAACAAGCCACUGGAUGUCUCAGGAGUCCUGACAAUGUCUACAAUGUGAUCUCUCACAAAUCUUUAUGAUCCUUAUGUUAUUUUACUGUCAUAGUUUACAAAUGUGGUAUAAAAAGAUAACG